AUGGAGACCGCGGCAGGUGAAAGCAGCCACGACGGUCUGUGCGAGGACGUCCUCGUCCAGAUCCUUGUCCGCCUCCCGUCGGAGUCCGUGCUCCGCUGCCGCGCCGUCUGCAAGAGCUGGCGCCGCAUCACCACCGACCGCGCCUUCCUCGCCGCCCACGCCGCACGCCGCCCGCGCGAGAUGAUCGUCAUCACCGAAUCUCUUACGGUGAGCAGCAUCCCUCUGUCUCUGGAGGACGACACGGGACGGCGUCGCUUCCUCUGUGACCCAACCAAGCGAGCCAAUGACGGAAGUGCGACCUGGUGCUCCCUGUUGUAUUCCCUCGACGGCCUGCUCGUACUGCGGCAACGUCCGGGCCUCUACAUCAUCUGCAACCCGAUCACCAGGCAGUGGACCAACCUGCCGGUGUUGACUCCAGAGCCGUGUUUCACCGCCUUUCCAUGCGGCUUUUACUUCCACAGCUCGUCCGGCGAGUACCGCCUUCUAUGCCAUGGCGUAGCAAAAGAUGAAGAUGAAGCCAUGGGGACAGUUUAUAUCUGGUACAUGAAGCACGACUACUACAUCCUCUCGGCUGGCGGCACCCUGCCUCGGCUUCUGGGGCGUGCUUCUUUUCCUGCGGUCCUCCCCACGAUAAUGGGGUACGAGAGGCCCACGUCUCAUGGUGGGAUCCUCCAUUGGUUCUGUUCGCACCCCCAAGCCACCAGCACCGGCAAGAUCCUGGCAUUCCACACGGUUUCCGAGACGUUCCAGCUGAUGUCACGGCCGCCUGGAGUAACAAUAGCGGCCCUUGUAGAGAUAGACGGGGCGCUUAGUGCCGCGACUAUGCCGAGCCCCACGCGGCUGGACAUCUGGGUUUUGCAAGACUACGAGGCGGAGAGCUGGACAUUGCGCCUUCGGGUAGAGGUGUCUCCACCGAGACGCAUCCGUGACUCAUUUGUGAGCAUGGCUAUCUCUGCUGGAGGCGGCGCCAUCCUUUUUGGAGACCCAUAUUGUCCUGUGGUCAGAUUGUGCGAUCUCAAAGAGAAGGGAGUGCGCAAGGAAAUGUACUGCCGCUCUGCUCCCUUGUUCCUGGUUUUCAGUGAGAGCCUCGUCUCGCAUGCCUUCUUCGAGUCCCCUCGGUGUCCCGACCUUGAGUCCAUUAACUUCCCCGAUUGA